AUGCGAUGUGCGAACAAGAUCGGGUUGUGCGUAGUUCAGUGUGAAAGCGCACUAAACCUAUCCCCUCACAUACUGAUCGUUUUGUUGGGUGAGGAGGAGGAGGAGGAGGAGGAGGAGGAGGAGACAGAAACCCCACUCCUGGUGUCUGGCAUUACACCGCGUCUCUCUGUCUGGUACAUGCCUGCACAUGUCCACUGGCACCAGUUCAUUUUCUCUGAAUGUUGAGAUUCUGUAUGGUGUUCUUCACCACGACCAAGUAAUCCUUGACACCGGCCCAUCACAGCCAUCCAAGCUUGUCAGCCCACAGCAAGGCUCACGUGGACACGCUCCCACCCAAGACACCCGGAAGCAUGUCCCAGCGGGGUUAAACGGCAGCUGAGCGUUCGUCCGCCAGUGUGCUCCAUAGACAUACUCUUCUUCAGCCCAGAACAUAAUAUUAAUCGCCUUCUGCUGGCACCUGUCUUCUGCACAGGACCUGUCCUGUGGACCGUUGUAGCCUUACGGUGCCAUUGGGGAUCGCGUAUGCUUAUAUGUGUGCGUGUGUCUGUGGUGAGGUGUAGGUGGGUCCAGUGGUGGGUCCAUGCGACGGACGUAGUAGGUCGUUCAUUUGCUUGCAGAUGUAGACUACGCCUAGCGUCCACUGGCUGGUACCCAACUCCCAAAUGUGGCUCCCCAAAGCUAGGCUCUGCCCAGCGGCCACACCCAGGUAACCGCCUCGACUGGCGGGCUAAACCAAGUGAGGGUAUCCGUGUAUGCAUCUUCGCACACGGUAAUCUCGGUUGGCCGGAUGAAUCACCGCAUCGGCGCAGUCGAGAGGAGGCCCGUUUUGCGCACCAUCGGCGGACGUUGCUCUGCUGUCUUUGUUUUUGCUUGUUCUUGUUUGUCUGCUCCCUGUUUGUUUGUUUGUGUCUGGCCUUUUUAAAAAGUGACUGCUGUUCUGUUGAAUUUCUUCUGUUGCCUUUACUUUUGUUGUUCUUGCUUGCUUGCUUUUUGUCCGCUUGUUCGUGUCUCUCCUUAUUGUAGGCUAAAUGCCGUUCUGCUGAAUUUAUCUGCUCACCACUUAUAUUUUAACAACCAGUUUAGCUUAGAGAGGGACGGGAAAGCUCUGCAUCCCGUCUCUCUACCCUUACCCCAUCCACCCUUCAAGCUUACGUCGAUGUCGUCGGCAGUCCCAGGCUAACUCGGGUCGCUCUUCCACUAAAAAAGCCGUGGCCCAUAGUGGAGUUCGGCAGCCGUCUGGGGCAACUGAACAGCCCUAUUGAGUGCGUGCACUGCGCACCCCUGCAAGGGGAUAGAAGAGGUGCCAUAAAAAAAUGCUGGGGAACCACGCCGUCUGAAGACUGACCGUGGUCGCAGAUGUAAAACACACAGUCGAAACACUCAAAAUCGAAACAACGCGCGCGCGCCCUCUCUCUUCUCCCUCCUCCCCGCCGCCUCAUCCGCCAGACUGGUAGGGUGAGUCCGAUCACUCUGAAGGCAUGGAAUUUUCGUUCUCCUUUUUAUACUCUCAGGUGCGACCGGCCGGAACGAAAUACAACGCUAGUCGCUCGAGAACUGGCGCGCUACAAGGUUGACAUUGCUGCACUCAGAGAAGCCCGUUUCUCCGGACAUGACCUACUGGAGAUGGAUGCCGGAUACAUCUUCUUCUGA